UCUGUCCUCUGUCCAAGAAACCGCUGAGAUUCGAUGCUGAGACCAACGAGCUGAUCAACGAGGAGCUCGGCAUCGCGUACCCCAUCCUGGACGGGAUCCCCAACAUGAUCCCCCAGGAGGCCCGCCUGCUCCAGAAAGACGCCUCCACCGCCGAGUAGAAGCCGUCCUGAACACGUGUGUCACUUGUGUAGCUGUGUCGCCUCCUGCCUCAAAGCUUGUGUAUCCAACCUCACCGAUAUCAAACCAACCCCAGUGGUGUACAGCCCGUCUGUGAGCAUGUUCUCUCUGUCCAUGAUGGUGGGACUGGUCCCCAUCGUGUCCCUCUUCGGUUUGUUCUACUCGGCGGCGGUGGACGAGAACUUCCCUCAGGGCUGCACCAGCAGCAGCAGCCUGUGCUUCUACAGCCUGCUGCUGCCCGUCACCAUCCCCGUCUACGUCUUCUUCCACCUGUGGAGCUGGAUCGGCAUCAAGCUCUUCAGACACAACUAGGCUCCACCUCGUCUCCACAGCAGAAAGGGGACAACCAGAGAUACUGUAAACAAAAACAUGUUUAACGGUGGAAACCAGCUUGUUGAUAGGACAGAAUAAAUCCUGGAUCAUUUUGUUUAAUCAGAAAUAAAUGAUUGAUGUUAUUUGUGUUUGUUAAUAGAGGAUGUAUUCACUGCUUGGGAGGUGAAUAAAGAAAACAUGAAACAA